GCUAGUUUACUAGACGAAUUAGCUCCCCUGAGUACGUCCUUCCAUUUCAAUCAUGUCUCUCAGUCGGCAUCUAUUGCGAGCACCCCGGCUCAUUAGUUGUUGUCAGAGGUUAGCUGUGUCACAGAAAAGGAGUUAUGCCGCUGAAGCAACUGCUGCUCGGACGGAAAUGGAGUUCACAUUCGCUUCACCAUCCGAUGUGUAUUAUCAGGCAGCCCAAGUGAAGCAGGUGGAUGUACAGGGUCUAUCAGGCUCCUUUGGUGUGUGCUUCAACCAUGUACCAACCAUCGCAGCCCUCAUGCCUGGAGUGGUCACUGUCCAUGAGUUGGAUGGGACACAGAAGAGAAUAUUUGUGAGCAGUGGGGCCAUCACAGUGAACAACGACUCGACUGUACAGCUCCUAGCAGAGGAGGCUCAUCCGCUUGAAAGGUUUGACAAACAGACAGUGGCAUCAAAUCUCAGUGAAGCUACCAGCGCCGUAUCUGCAGCCAGGGACGAGAAGGAGCGUGCCGAGGCUCAGAUCAGGGUUGACUGCCUGCAGACCCUACAGAAUGCCCUCACAGCUGCGGCCCUUUAAUAUGAACAUAGCCAUUAUGUAAUUACUAUGUAGCCUUGAGACAUUGUUUGAAAUUUAUACAGUGUUGUGUUUUUUUCUUUGAAAAAAAAGCGAACAGUGUUUCAGGAUUAAUUAUCUCAGUUUGUCUGGAUUUUAGUACUAAGACGAAAUCUGUUUAUGUUCGGUCACAAUGGUUUAAAUUGAAAUGGCAAAAGAGUGUAUAUUGUGUGGAUUGCUGGAUCUAAAUUUUGAUUUAAGAAUUUGAUGGAUAUGUUGUAAAAACAUGUUAUUCCACUGUUGUGUAAAAUCCAUGUGGUAUUUGAUAGAAUUAAUAAAAUUAUUAUAAAGCGAAACAA